AUGCUUCAACCGUUUCACUAUUAAGUUGUACUCUGUGUGGCAAACUUUGGCCACACCUAGAUCCUGUCCCAUUUCCACAAAAAAAGCAGCCUUUUUUUCUCGCUGGUGCGUUUGUUUGUGUGUCGGCGAGUCCCGGCGGUGUAACCGGAGAGGGGCCUCAGAGAGGGAAUGCAGGACUGCAAUGGAGCACAAUGCAAUACAGUGGUUGGGUGCUCCCUCCUGCCAACGAGGAAGCUAUGCCUUCUACAAGUCGGUGAGCAGCAGAGCUCAACCUGACGGGCCCGUCCAGGUGUGGAAGCUCGGGGAGUUUUACUUCAUCCGCUGUGGACCACAGGAUCCUGUGUGCAUCGCAGAGGUGACCUUACUAUGGGAGGACCAGACACGACACCACCUGCUGGCCAGCACCAGACUCUACUUCCUGCCUGAGGACACGCCAAAAGGACGGACCAGGGAGCACGGAGAGGAUGAGGUUCUGGCGGUGUCCAGAAAGAUGGUGGUGCGGGUGGAGGACCUGGUGCGAUGGUCGUGUGCGCAGCCGGCAGGUUGGAGCAGCAUCCUGAAGUCGGCGCCGUGCGGGGCCAACGGCCUCCACAAACCUCUGCAAUGCAGCGAAGAUAAUGACAGCAACUCGGCCGGCAAGAACAGCGAGACGCUCAGAGACAAAACAGAGAACGACUCGGUGGAGGCUCAGGGCAUCAAAGUGCUCAGCUACCCGCAGUACUGCCGCUUUCGCUCCCUGCAGAGACGCAUCCAGGACAGAGCGAGCGGGCCAGGGCUGCAGGACCCCCACCUGCUGGCCCUGGGCGGCGUCAAGGCGCUGCCCAACACCCGGCUUAUGUACUGCAGGGACACCUUCAGCCACCCGACAUUGGAGAGCAACACCAGCUUCUCCUGGCAGUUCAGAUGUCCGUCUCUCAGUCUUCGAGGACGACCUCGAAAGAGGAGAGGUCGGGACGGCAAAGACUCGCCAAACUCCAGCCAGUCAGAGUCCUGGAUCGAGAGGAUGAAGGAGAACGUGAUGGGCAGUGUGGAGGCUGGCUGUGAGGGCAGCUGGCUCCCUCAUCCCGAAGAACAGCUGUUCCUCGAUCAGCUCUUCGCCUUCAUGGAUCGCCACGGCUCGCCCAUCCACAAAGUCCCCAACCUCGGUUUCAAGAAGAUUGACCUCUUCCUCAUGUAUUCUGUGGUAAAACGACUCGGAGGCUACAAAAAGGUGACUUUGGACCGUCUCUGGAAAGUGGUUUAUAACGAGCUGGGAGGAUGUCCUGGCAGCACCAGCGCUGCUACCUGCACAAGGAGACACUACGAGAGGCUGAUGCUUCCUUAUGAGGAGCACCUCAGAGCAGGAGGAGCAGAAUUCAAAAUCCCAGAAUCCCCUAUGCCUCCUAAACCCAGAGGGAUAAGAGGAAGGAAACCCCUCCCAAGAGGCAGAAAACCAGGGCCCAAGAAAAAGAUCACAACCCCUGCUCCUCCUCCUCCUCCUCCUCCUCCUCGUACUGUCGUGAACCCGAAUGGCACCGUGGUGGUGAAGAGAGGUCGAGGCCGGCCACCGGGUACUCGCAACAAGGCCACGCUGAUCGCUCAGGCGAAGCUGCUGGCUCAGCAGCAGGCCAAAGCCAAAGCAGCGGCAGCUGAGUCCCAGCCACAGAGUCCUCUGUCUCCAGCCAGAGGUGGAGGUGGACCAGUACCCAGCAGCACACCAAGGCCUGUCCAGCCAGCCAUGGGCAUCAACAUGCCCCUCACCCCCGAUCUCUCACCCAUGUCUGCCCCCUUCCUCCCUUUCCAGCCCAAACCCAAGGAGCUGAAGCCGGACAUUGGGGAGUCCAUGUCUCCUGCUCCAGGUGUGCUCCUCUCCACUCUGCCUCGCCACUUUGUUGGAGGAUCUCUGAGCGGAUUCAGCCCCAUCAAAGGCGUGUGUCCUCUGGAUGUCUUCAGGAGCCGCAUUAGCCUUCAGAGAGGCCUGGAGAGCUCGGCCGUGACGCCUCAAGACCCGACCCAGCACCAUCCGACCGUCUACACCCUCCAGCCCAAAAGUGGAAGCCCAGAUACGCCUCAUCCCAGCGGGGACCAGCUUCAGCCUCAGCCCCACACGUUCCACCAGCAACACAACCGCUGCUCGGGUUGUAACGUGGACGAGGGAGCCCAGAGAGCAGGCAGUCGAGACACCAGGAGCCGGCCUCCUCUGCCCCCUCUCCGGGUCCUGCCUUUGAACCUGGACUGCAGUGUUCAGGUGUGCCAGCUGAUGAGGACUCGUCUGGGCUCGUCUCAGUUCCAGACCUUCACCCGCCGACUGUCUGAGGCUCUGUCCCAGGACCUGAGCACCAAGCCCCCCUGCUCUCCUAUCACCCCUCCACCCGAGCAGGCGCUGCCGCUCAACCUCAGCAAACGCUUCAUGGCCAAGAGGCCCAGCAUAGAGGGACCAGAGCCGAGUCCGACAACGAUCAAUGGAACAGAUCAGCCGUCAUGCAAGAGACCCAGAACCGGCUGCACGGAACAGGUCGAGGACUUCAGCACAUGUGACCGGUCCAGUUCCGGAGGAAGUGGAGGAGGAGGAGGAGAGCAGGCUGUGGAGAUGAAGAACCAGGAGGAACCUGCAGACCUGAGCUCCCCAAGCAGGAUCAGGGCCUUCCUGCUGGGGCUGCCACCUUUCCAGGUGAAAUUCGAGGAGGAUCUGAAUGGAACGAGGUUUGGGAAAUUUCUUCCUCCAGGAGCAAAAGUUGAACCGCAGAGAACCGAGACAGAGAACGGAGAGGGAGGAGUAGCAGUAAAGGAAGAAGUUAAGCAGGAGGAGGAGGAGGAGGAGGUGGUUGAAAUAGAUUGUUGUGAAACUGAGAGGAGCAACAAACUAGAGAAGCCUGAACAGGAGGAGAGAGAUCCCACCCACCUCUCGGGUCCUGGUCCCGCAGAGCUGAAGCUAGCCGGCCCCUCAAACACAGACACACACUGUUUUUAGCAGUAUUCCCUCUGCUCUGAUGUGCAUCAGAAAACUGUCACACAAGUCGGGAAUUUGCCGAUUUUGGAAUCUGGGAAGUGGACACCGGAUGCUUCAGUAGUUGAUCCGGCUCAGGUUAAAGCCUGAUUAUGUGGAGCUGGGAUGUUUCGUAUCUUCAUCUUUGAGGACAUUUAAACUCUUUGUUUCCCUUUUUUUUGUCGCCUGUUAUUUCCUGUUUUUUUUCCCUGGUUUUCAAUCACGUCACUGAUUGAACUUUGCAGAGGAAUGACGACGCCGAGACUCAUGACAAUCACAAAUCAGUUUCUCUUCCUUUCUCUGCUAAUUUCUGUCUCUUUUAAGGUUUAAAAAAAAGAAACAAAGGAGUGAGAUUGUGACUCUUUAACAAACACUGCCAUAACCCUCCAUAACACUAUUAACUCCACUAUUCAAUGUUGCAGUGAAAUAUUGAAUAAGAUUGACAUAUUACUUAAAAAGAAAAUCAACAUUACAUCUAUGGGUGAUGCUAUGCAUCAAUUAGCAUCUAGAGUGUACUGUAGUUUGGUAGUUUCAUUUUUAAAUUGUACUCUACUUCUAUAGAGAGAUAGUUAUUUUCUGAUAAGGUGUCUGGAUGUUAUCUGGAGCUCCUCAGUCUUCACAUUAUAGCUUGUUACGUGAAGCAUUUCUAUAGUCUUGCUCAUUUAGCUGAAAUUAUAUAAACUUCUCUUACACAAACGUGCCUUAUAUGGCCUGCGAUCUGUUUCAUCGCUGGCUUCAAAUACAUUUAAAGAGAUACCUUGAUGUUGGACCUGUUCAGUUUUCUUUCAUUCAUCAGUUAGGCUGAGUAUAUUUGAAAUACUAGUGUGAAGGUGUGGUUCCUGCAAAAGAAGUUCUUGAAUUUGACGUCGUAAUAUUAGCAGCUGAAACUACUCAAAUGUUGAUUUUAAAAUGAGGAAAUCUUUGAUCAGAGACCAAGUACAGAUCUGACCGCACGUCGAUGAUGCCUUUCAUUCAGCGUCCAGCCCUGCUGUUUGCUUUGUAAUGACCACUGUGGCCACAUGCUGGUGCCGUCGUCUCGCCUUCAUCACCACCACUGUUUAGCCAAUAAGAAAUCACAUCAGCGCCGGAGGAACAUGAACAUGUAGCCCAAACUCUCAGACUACCUCAGGUUUUUUUUUUCUUAAUUUCAACCUAUAUUAUCCAUUUCAGGGAGGGGGUGGAACCUGUCCCAGCAUGCAUUUGGGUAGACAGCAGGGCUGGAUGCUGGCCUAUAAAUACAGACACUUGGACCCCAUUUAAGGCUGGUCUUAUUGUCAUCAAAACCCAUGAAAAGGACCACAACCCUCAAGAUGUCGCACUUAUUUUGGUAUUAAUAAGCAUAUCUCCACACAUACCUCAUUGUGAUUGGAAGCCACAUUAAGUGCGAAGUGUGAAGGCAAGUUGAGCUGCAAUAGUAAAGACUAUUUUCUCCUUGGAGAAGAAGGGCUCAUCUGAGACAGUAGGGGGAGCUGCAGACUGUCCACCAAAUGUAACUUUCAUUGCAUUUAUAGCAGCCAGUUUGCGUAGCUUAGCAUUAAACAAAAUUCAGAUUGUUGUUUUUACACUUCUGUCUUUGUUUAGAUUUAACAAAUGAGAUUGAACACUUAGUUAUUGAGCUUUAGUGAGCUGUGCAGAGCCAUGCUAGGUCCUUCCCCUUGUUUCCAUUCUUUGUGCUUAGCUAGGUUAAUCAUCUAACUCUGGCAGCUUCGUAUUUAACACACAGACAUGACAAUGUUGUGAGUCCUUUCAGCUGACUCAUGGCAAAAAGUGAAUAAGCUUGUUUCCCAAAAUGUCAAAACUCUUUGAGAAUGUGGCCAGCACCGCCUGGCUGAGAUCUGAUCAUAAUCUGACUGUUAUGUGUGCCACUGCGUUCACGUCAUCCAGAUAAGGCAUCCAGAUACAGAAGUUAUAUUUGUGUUGAGUGAAAUCCAUGUUGGUUGCUGCUCCACUGCUUCUUUCUCGUCUUAUCUAAAGUGCCAACACGAAACACUGACUCCACAUUGUGACGGAAAACCUUGGGUAGCUGGAAAAAUUAAAACGUCAAGGUAUCCCUUUAAUCGCAGCCUUUUCCUUCGACUUGUUUCUGUCUUCUGCCACAGACUUUGGUUCAGGUUUGCACACCUACUGUACCCAUUUCCUUCAGUUGUUUUUCCAUAUUUAUGUUUGCCGGUAGUGGACUCAACUACGACACCGAAUUCAGAUGGUGCUGUUUAUUCUUAGUUAUGUAGCUGUUGCUAUACUGUUGUUUUUGUUUGAAUGGAUGAAGCUGCAAAUUCUUUUCAUCUCAGCAAGUAAUUAAAUUUCAACUUUGGUCUCAAACAGCUUAGUGGAAAACGUCUCCUAGCAGAUUUAUUUUAAGAAAAUAUUUAGAAGAGCUAAACUAAGAGAUGCUGUGGCUUGUUAUGAAAGUAUUUGCAGUUUUUUCUCAGAUUUGUUUGACUGUUGGCUCCAUCUGAGACGGAUAUGAAUUGUCUGUGAAUGAAUGCAUGAGUAGAAAUAUGUAUACUCAGUAGAUCAUAGCUGGCAGAUGCACCAAAGCACAUGUACUCCACAAGAGCUCAAACCUCCACAACCUGUUUUUUUUUUUUUAUUUCUCAUCAUGUUGAUGUCAGAGUUGAUCAUCAGUUAUUUCUGGAUACUACGAGUUAUUAUCUUACAGCCUGGGAUAGAUGAUCCUGUUUGCUUUGAGAAACGUCGCUUUUCACGAAAAUGUCUGUUUGUUCCCUCAUGUUAGGGGGAAACGAUCAUUAACCAGGAGAAGAUUGUAAAAUACUUCUUCUUUUUUAUUAUUGUUAUUGAUAUUAUUUCUUGAAAACAAAGUCAUAUUUUUCAUCAAUGCAGUAAGGUUUGAGGUGUCGCAACAGGUCUGAUAAUCUCACAACAGGACAAAUGCACAUUUUGUGUCUCACUCUGCUUCAUCAUGUCUGUAAAACUUUAUUUAUAUGAGCGAGGAGUUUCUGAGCAUGCUCAGUCUGCGGGGGCCUCAUUGUGCUUCACAGGGAACAGUUUGUACGACCACGCCUAAAGGCCGAAGGGUUCCUGGCUGUUCUGAACAGCUCAGUGGUGGAGUGAAAAGUUGUGAGGGUUUCAUCAGUACCUGAAUGCACCUCCAGCCACCUUUUACAACAACUGUACGUGUUUUUGCAGCCUUGGUGUAAUUAUCUUUCAAAUGGGGAUGAUAGCGUACACCUUCAUGCUCCCCAGAGACAUUCAUGGUGUCACACUAGGUGGUACAUGAAUGACGGUUUGGAAAAGUUCAGAGAGAAUCCUAACUUAUGUUAUAAUGGAUACACCAGGAUAUAUUAUAACAGACUCAAGGCGGCACAGGCCCAGAAGGUUUUCAUGCUUUGAGGAAAUGCGUCUCAGAUGCUCCCUCGUACAAACUAGUUCAUUUCAAGCACACUGACACACUCAGACUGGGAGCUUCCCAGUCAGACCACAGCUCCACUGGACCAGUUUUAUCUCAGCUUGACUCUCCUCAACAUUUUGCCUUAGUUUUUAUUUUCCUGCAUGUUAAUUUUGUAUGUUAAUGACAACAUGCCACUGAGGGCUGAGUGCCUGCUGUGUCAUUCAGAUGGGAGGGGACUUCUUCUAGUUUAGAGUUGAGCAACAUGUUAAUUAAACCAGUAUGAGAGUUGUUGUUUUUCUUCUUUGGUUAUUUAAGCUUUAGUUUGUAAAGGUUUCUUUAGGUCUAAUUUCUUUUUUUUUUUUUUUUUCCUUGUUAAAAGUUCAAUUUUAAAUGUUUACAUUUUGUUAUGCAUGUUCAUACAGAUUUGUUAUAUCCAGUGUUUUGCACACUACUUCAGCAUCAGUCUUGAACGGCACUGCUCAUUAAUGUAAAGUACUUAAAAUCAAGUGCCUGAUACUUUAAAGUGAAAAGCCGAGUUGGUAUUUGUAAGCAAAUGAAAGUUAAAUUUGCUCAUUAGCCUUCAUGCCGUUGACUUGAACAACGACUCCUGUUGUCGUGCGAUGUUUUACUGCGUUUAAAGCCUCUCCAGGCUGUCUGGUGACACGAGGGCGGGUUGUCCAGGCUGCGGGACGCCCCCUCGGCUCCGCGGACGUCUGGCAGAGCUAACUGGACCUACAGGACUCAACAACAGGGACACCUAGUGGCCGUCACAGCGAUGGUAUUCAUCCAGUGAGCAAAUUUCAUGAAGAUAAAUGAUCAAACUAAAAGGUGAUACAUAGGUGAUAGUUUAACACGCACAUAAAGAUGGUAAAAAGAGACUGUCCCGCAGCUUCUUAGGUUGGAUGGAAAUCUUGAUCGCUUUACCGCACAACACAGAAAGAGGGCGCUGAUCUUCAGUAUGCAGGAGGGAGAGGAACGUCUCUUCAUCUUAAAACUGAACUGUGAAAACAUCAAGGGCUGUUUUUUUUUUUUUUAUUAUUAUUAUCAUUUGGUUUCUGGUCAUAUUCCAUGGAAGCAUUUUGCUGCUACGCCAGGAAAAAGAAAAACGGAUCAGUAUCAUGUAAUGUGAAAAGUUUGUCGUAGCAAUAUUUUGAUCAUGUUUUACAUUAUGAUUGGAUAGAGACAAAUAGUAUAUUGAUAUAACAAGAAAAGUUUAUUAUAACAAGAUAUUUUGAUGUUAUUACAAAAUAAACUCAAAACUAGAAGCGUUUGUUGUUAAGAGUGUACUUUAUAUGGUAAGCAGGAAAUAAGGAAAUGACUCCCAUUAUAACCUGAUAUGGUAAAUGUCUCAUAGCGUUCAAACUCGUGUUUGAGUGUGGGCGGUGGAUGAAUUAAGGGCUCACAGGUUCAACUCCAUGUUUGGGUUCAGAUGAGAUAGAAAUAGUAUAUUGUUAAAAAGGGGGAAAGUUUGUAUGUACUAGUAGUGGAAAAAAAUAUUUUGUUAUAAACAAUAAAAUUUUAAUAUUAUAACAUAAUACUGAUGUAUGUCUUUUGCUGGCGUGGCAGCAAUACUCUACCCUCCGAUGCACAUUUUUCACUUACACAUUUUUGCAUCGUAAUGUGUGAACUGUUGCUGGGUGAUUUACUGUGGCCUGACUGAAGGUUUCAGGUGUUGACAAAUCAAGAUUAGAGCUUCAGCCAUCACUUUAAUUUUUAGUCUAUAAAAUGGCAUGAAAUUGCAAUUUCCUAAACGGAUGUCUCCAAAUGUCUUAUUUUGUCUGGCCAGCAGUCCAAAACCUGUGCAUUUUUCUGUAAAAAAAAAAAAAAAAAAAUUGCAACGGAAACUGUUGUUGAUAAACGUAUCAGUGUCACAAGGUGAAUAUGACAGAAUUUAUUUCUGAUAUUCACACCGAGGUUAACAUCUGUAGUCCCUGGUUGUAAAUCUCUGAAUUAUGACUCCGCAGUCACUGAGAUGAAGAAAUCUUCACCACCAUAUUAAUCCUCUGCAGUUGGCGCCAAGCAGUGGCAGCAGAAGGCUUGAUGGGAAAUGUAGUCUGAAUGUGGAGAAAACCCCUAAUGGUCAUGUGUUCAUGUUAAAAAUGCUUCAUGUGUCACCUUUCAUAAACUGUUGGAUGUUAAGCACCGAUGAAUGUUUCAGUCACACCUUACUGUGAUCUCAUUUUUAAUCACUUGACAUCAUUUACUCAAAACAAAACCCCAGGCCAACUUUAAAACGACGACGUUCUUUUCUUUACAAACUGCGCUGGACGAACGCUUCCCGUGUGUAAUCAGUCGCCUGCCUGUGUGCACCUAAAAUGGCCGCCCAGCUGUUUGACUUGAAAGGGGAAUUUUCUUUUCCAUGUUGCAUUAUGUGUGAUUUGAUGAUUUCAGUCCUGCAGCACAAGCCCCAUUUGCAUUUUGUGUGUUUGUUUCUGUAAGUGGUAAACGGCUGGCAGUGUCAGGUACCAUUCCAUUUUAACACUGUAUAUUUAUAAUAAAAUAAUCUGUUAAUAAAA